UUCUCACACACACACCAGUGUCGCCCGUACACCUGUCUUCCUGCCUGCACUGUAUUCUUCGACUUUCUUUUUUCAGUUGUGGAUUUGUGUGAAGUAAAUUGGGGUUUCGAAUUCGAAACGCCCCCUGAUUUUUUUGCUUCUUUUAUUUUUUUGGAUAUCGGUGCUGGAUUAUUGAUUUGGAAGCUUGUUGCUCAUCUUUAGAAGAUCCCUGCAGACACUUGGAGCUAAUUUCUAGUUAGGAAUCUGCUAUGGAAAGAGAUCAUGGAGUAGUUGAGAAGUAAUUUAUUAUCGAGAUAGUUCAAUUGAUGCUUGGAAGUGAUUUUUGAUUGAGAAUUCUUUCCUAUGUUUCAUGGGGGACAGGGAUGAGAAGAAAAUAUCGAAAACUUUAGGAAUGGAUAACCUGUCUUUGAGUAUUCCAAUGAAUCAAUUUUCACGAGAUUUAUUACAGAGAUUUAUGGGAAGUGUUGGUGAAUCCGGCACGGUGAGUGAAGAGGAUGGAGAAGUUGAGCUGAACCUCGGGCUUUCGUUGGGCGGAAGAUUCGGUGUAGACAGGAGUUCAAGCACGUUGAAGAGGUCUUCUUCCAUUGCAAGCUGUUUACCUCUGGUUAGAGAUGAUAACAGUGACGCCGCAGCGUCGACGGCCGCCCCGCAGUAUACAGGGCUGGCGAGAACGUCUUCGCUGCCAUUGGAGGCCGAAGAGGAGUGGAGAAACAGGAAGGAGAGGCAAACCUUGAGAAGAAUGGAGGCAAAGAGGAGGAGGUCCGAGAAACAGAGGAGUUUGAAGGGUGAGAAAGGAGGAGAAGGAAAUGGUGGCUCUAGAAGCUCUGGUUUUGAGGUGAAGAAAGAAAUUGAUCUGAGAGAAAAGUUCUUGGCUUCAGUGAAGAAGACAGAUUCAGGAGGUGGAUUAGAUGUGAUUGUGGUGAAAGGGAAGGGAAGAUGUGUGGGAACUGAGUGGAACCAUGGAUUUGGGAAUCUGCCAUCCCAAGGGUCAGUUGAAUCCAAGGGAGGGAGUUCUUCGAAUUUGUCGGAUCUCGGCAGCAAAACUCCGCAAGGAUCUAGUGGCGAGCCGAGCCCUCCUGCUGCCCAAUCAGCGCAAGAACCGCACAAUCUGGACAGCGCCACAUCAGCCUCCAAAACAAGAGAAACUAUGACCAUUACGACAGGAUCUAAGCCAGAGAGCACAUGUAAGAAGGCGACCACAUCGACAGCAACACAAGGGGCGCGCCCACUAGAAGACAUGCCAUUUGUGUUCACAAAAGGAGACGGUCCCAACGGCAGAAGAGUGGAAGGCAUACUGUACAAAUACAGCAAAGGUCAAGAAGUGAGGAUAAUGUGCAUAUGCCACGGCACAUUCCAUUCCCCAGCUGAGUUCAUCACACACGCCGGAGGGACCGCCGUCGAUCAUCCUCUCAAGCAUAUAGUUGUCAACCCCAACACCGCUCCCCUGGUGUAAAAUGACGCCGCCCCUGCCGGAAAAAUCUCCGGCGGGGGGUUUUUGUGUUGAAAUUUUUUGUAAACUGAAUCAAAGUUAGAGUAUGUGAUGGCAAUAAAUUUAAGAUUCUUAUGGUUAGA